GAUGGAUGAUAGGCAGUCCAAAACUUGACACCCUUGAAUCAAUGACAACACGAGAACGUUGUUACGAGAAGCCUUGUGACGAUUUUAAUGCAAGGACUGCGGAUCGAAGGUUGUUACACUCGACCAAAUUCUAAGCUGUUUCAACUUCAAAUCAAGGUGUUGUUUUGGUUCUCAACCGUUGUUUAACGGUUGGAUAAUAAAUUAAAUAAUGGAAGGCUUUGGAAUGGCUUACCCCAUUGGCUAAUAAAAGGUGCAAAUGCGAUCGAGUUGGUUCUCGUUGCUACGUUCUUCGGUGUCGCAAAGCGAGUUUUCCCUUUCCGCCACCUCCCCUUCGCAGCUUCGUUGUGACCGUCACGGGUUAAUGGGCUCUGCUUCGUACCAACCAUAGAGACAACAAGAUAUGAUUUUCACGGUAGAUCACUUUCAAAUUUCCAUCCCGGCGGCAUGCGCAGCCCGCAAGCACAGCGAUAAAACAUUCCGGCCUCGGUCCCACACAAUCGGGCCAACAUUGAACGGACUCUCAGAUCCCAAAGCCUUCGAGUCCACCUCUAUAUCUAAUGACCGACCAGGGAAAUGCGAGUGUUUCGACUUGUACAAAGACCUGGUUCCUUAUGGGAAGGCAUGGUCUUGGCAGCGAAGAAUUGUUAGUGACAAGAUGACCUUGAUUGAAAGAAAGCAAGAUUGUCCUGAUACGCUAAUCAUUCUACAGCAUCAUCCUGUGUAUACAUUGGGCACUGGGAGUUCCGAAGAGUAUCUGAAUUUCGACAUCAAGAAUGCUCCCCACGAUGUUUACCGAACCGAGCGUGGCGGCGAAGUCACCUACCAUGGCCCUGGCCAGGUAGUUCUGUACCCAAUUAUCAAUCUCCGAAAUCAUAGGAUGGAUCUUCAUUGGUACCUCAGGGCACUUGAGGAGGUGGUCAUCCGCGUUCUUUCUACAACAUUUUCUAUCAAGGCAUCUCGGCUUAAGGGUUUCGCUGGCGUUUGGGUUGGAGACAAGAAAGUGGCAGCCAUUGGGAUACGAGCUUCUCAAUGGAUAACAUAUCACGGCUUAGCACUAAAUGUCACCACAGAUCUAACCCCAUUUCAGUCGAUAGUCCCAUGUGGGAUAGGAAACCGUCAGGUUGGAACGAUCAAGGGGUUGCUAGGAGAACUUCAGCAAUCCACUGGAUGUGUAAAAGCAGACGUACCUCAUCCCAAUGAUUGCCAGCUUAUUGAUAUCACUCACGCAUCUUUGAUCAAAGAAUUUUCCGAGUUCUUUCAACUUGAAAUUCAUCAUAAAACCAUCCACAUGUUGGAGUUUGAGGAAGCAACAGAUAUAAGCUCUCUAAGGAGAAACUAAACUGACAGAUUCAACGCAGCAUGCUGAAGUUAUCUGGUCAGAAGAAGAAAAAAGAUUUGUAGUGUUCUUGUUGCCUUCUCUCAUAAAUACCUGGAUGAACUCAGCAGCAGAAAGUAAGUAUCGUGCUUUAGAUUAUACUGGCUUCUACAACAAAGUUCUUUUCUACCAUGCACAGUGAAACCCAUUGCCAGAUAGCCACAGAAUUGUAACAGAGAAUUUGACAGUCCUCUCUAUAUUUGAACAUAAUUGCUUCCCAUCGAAUGCUUGAAGAUAAUAAAAGAGAUUUUUGUUUUUUUUAA